AUGGACACCAUGAUGAAUCCCUACAUCGCCGAGCUUCUCGCAGACGACAUAACGGCCUCGAUGAUCGGCGUCUUGUACGGCGGCGGCGGCGGCCACGCACCGCUGCAUACGGAUAUUGACACGUACCUCCGCGCCAUCGGCGCGGUCCCGGCGCUUCCAGAAGCGCCCGGCGAAGGCUACGCGGUCGCCGCGGAGAUGGAGACCUUGAUGUCGUAUGAUGACGCCAAUGGCGUAUUCUACGACUGCUACACGGAGAUGGAUGUCGGGGUGCCUGCACGUCUUCCUCCGCCGCUGGGCUUUCCUUCCCUUCCCGUUCCAGCGCUGGACGGCGACGAGCCCGUGUACGCCGCGCCCGCUCGUCUUCCUCCACCGCCCGGCUUCCCUCCCCUUCCCCUCCCAGCGCAAGCUGCGGAACCCCUGUACGCCGCUCCCGUCGGCGAAGGCCACGGGUCAAUGGAGCAGCUGGUGUGGAGCGAGCAGCACGACGACGCUCCGGUCUCCGACAACUCCAUGGCGUCGCGCCGGCAGCUGUGCGCGCCCUACGACGACGACAUCGACACCACCCUACGGGCCAUGGAGAAGGACGCCGCCGAGCGCCCGUCACCGGAGUACCUGACGACGGUGCACGGGGGUCGAAUCAGCGCAGACCUGCGCGCUGCCCUCGUCGCCUGGAUGGAUAGAUUUACGCAAAACUACGACCUCGCCGCCGGCACGCUCCACCGCGCCGUGUCCUACGUCGACCGGUUCCUGUCCGCGAGAGCCCUGCCGAGCUACACCAACCAUCAGCUCAGCCUCCUUGGCGCCACCGCCGUGUACACGGCGGCCAAGUACGAGGAGCAGAGAACGACGUCGAAGCUGAACGCCAAGGAGAUCGCCAGCUACUGCGGGUUCACGUCGGCGCAGGAGGUGACCCUCAUGGAGAAGGAGAUGGUCGCCGCGCUCGACUACCGGCUGGGCGGCCCAAACGCGGAGACCUUCGUGAACCACUUCACCCGGUACAGCCAGGGAGGAGGUGAGGAGGAGCUGCGGGUGCAGCAGCUGGCGCGUGCCGUCGCCGACCUGUCGCUGAAGAACUACGGCUGCCUGAGCUACCUGCCGUCCAUGGUGGCCGCGGCGUCGAUCUCCAUCGCGAGGUUGACGCUGAUCCCGCCGGGCGCGCUGGCGUGGAGCACGGAGCUGCAGGAGCUGACUGGGUACAGCUCCCAGGACCUCCUCAGCUGCAUCCUCACCUUGGGGAACACGCAGUGA